CGGUCUCCUCCCCACCCGCGUGGACCUGCAUUUGAGGCAGUCUAGGUAGGCAGCACCCUAGCUUUUGAGACGCAGCCCUCGCUCGUAUUCGUUCGUUUGAGGGGGGGUUUGCUCCUCAGGAAUACGACAAAGGCUGACAGUCUGCGUUAAAACGAGGGAUGGUCUAACCUAAAGAGCGCAAGGGGCAGACAGACACCGGCUGCAGCCCAUCCGCCCCAUCCAGCACAGCAGAGCACAUGAUUCUCUCCUCCUGCUCUCAAAACCAGCUCUAGCAUCCUCUGGAAGAGAUGACAAGCCAUUAGAUGUGUGCUUUCAUAUCGACUCUGCUCAUCGGAUACACGCGCACAAAGGUACUACAGCCAGGGUGUUGACAUGGAGCUGGAGCAUUUCGACGAACGGGACAAAGCACAAAGAUACGGCCGUGGGGGUUCACGUGCGAACGGCCUGCCGAGCCCCACGCACAGCGCCCACUGCAGCCUGUACCGAACCCGGACCCUGCAGGCUCUGAGCUCCGAGAAGAAAGCCAAGCGGGUCCGCUUCUACCGCAACGGAGACCGGUACUUCAAGGGGAUUGUGUACGCUAUUUCCAACGACAGGUUCAGGUCUUUCGAAGCCCUGCUCGCAGACCUCACCCGCUCCCUGUCAGAUAAUGUGAAUCUGCCUCAGGGCGUCCGGACCAUUUAUGCCGUCGACGGGUCGAGGAUUACCAGCAUGGAUCAGCUGGUGGAAGGGGAAAGUUAUAUAUGCGGAUCGGUUGAGCCUUACAAGAACCUGGAAUACACCAAGAACGUCAACCCUAACUGGUCAGUCAACGUCAGGACCGCAGCAUCAGCGCGAGCGCCCACCUCUCUGGCCAGUGCCAAGGCUGGAUCUAUGGAAAUCAAGGAUAGCAAGGAUUUCAUCCGACCCAAACUGGUGACCAUAAUCCGCAGCGGGGUAAAGCCUCGGAAAGCUGUGCGUAUCCUCCUCAACAAGAAGACGGCCCACUCGUUCGAGCAGGUUCUCACGGAUAUCACAGAUGCCAUCAAACUGGACUCUGGAGUGGUCAAGAGGCUUUAUACGGUGGAUGGUAAAAUGGUGGCAUGCCUUCAGGACUUCUUUGGUGAAGAUGAUAUAUUUAUUGCCUGUGGCCCAGAGAAGUUCCGCUACCAGGAUGACUUCCUGUUGGAUGAGAGUGAAUGCAGAGUGGUGAAGUCGCAGUCCUACGGGCGGAUUUCUUCCAUGCAGGGCCGCUGCUCUCCCAGCGGCGGACCGUCAAGAAGGAGCAAGUCCCCUGGUUCCAGCAGCUCAGCCAACGGAACAGCAGGUAGUCAGCUGUCGACCCCACGGUCAGGCAAAUCUCCCAGCCCUUCUCCCACCAGUCCAGCCAGCCUGAGGAGACGAAGGGGUUCUCAGCACAGUGGCUCCUCCCUCUCUCUGGCCUCCACCAAGGUGUGCAGCUCCAUGGACGAGGGCGAUGGGCCGGGAAGUGAAGCUGAGCUGAUGGAGGAUUGCCCUCAGGUUCCUGCCUCCAUAGCCGAGAGGUACAAGGUGGGACGAAUGAUUGGCGACGGGAACUUUGCUGUGGUCAGAGAGUGUGUGGAGAGAUCCACAGGCCGAGAGUACGCUCUGAAGAUCAUUAACAAGAGCAAAUGCAGAGGGAAGGAACACAUGAUCCAGAAUGAGGUGUCCAUCCUCCGGAGAGUGAAGCAUCCUAAUAUUGUUCUGCUGAUUGAAGAGAUGGACACAUACAGUGAACUCUACCUGGUUAUGGAGCUGGUCAAGGGUGGAGACCUCUUUGAUGCCAUCACCUCCUCCAACAAAUACACAGAGCGGGACGCCAGCGGGAUGCUCUAUAACCUGGCCAGCGCUAUCAAAUAUCUACACAGCCUUAACAUUGUUCACCGUGACAUCAAACCUGAGAAUCUUUUGGUCUACGAGCACCAGGAUGGAAGCAAAUCCCUCAAACUGGGGGAUUUCGGCUUGGCAACAGUUGUGGACGGACCACUUUACACUAUAUGUGGGACCCCGACCUACGUAGCUCCAGAGAUCGUUGCAGAGACGGGGUAUGGAUUGAAAGUUGACAUCUGGGCGGCCGGGGUCAUAACAUACAUACUGCUUUGCGGCUUCCCUCCUUUCCGUGGGAGCACAGAUGACCAGGAAGCUCUUUUUGACCAGAUUCUGAUGGGACAGCUGGAUUUCCCGCUUCCGUACUGGGACAACGUGUCUGACUCUGCAAAGGCGCUUAUAACCUGCAUGCUGCAGGUGGAGGUCGAGCAGAGAUACACAGCCCUACAGGUGUUGGACCAUCCCUGGGUCAAUGAUGACAGGAUGUGUGAGAAUCAACACCAGCUGUCUGUGGCCGGCAAGAUCAAGAAACAUUUCAACACGGGCCCCAAACCCAACAACACCACAGCGGGAGUCACUGUCAUAGCACCGGACGAGGGGUUUACCAUCAAGCGUUCAGGGUCUUUGGACUGCUACCCACACCCAGGGAUGUAUUGGAUAAGACCACCCCUCUUGAUAAGGAGAGGCAGGUUUUCAGACGAAGACGCCACCAGGAUGUGAAAGCGCCCGCCCCCCGCAGCACCCAGAGCACCUUCCCCUCCAGCGCCGCCACCGACUUCACCUCAGAGUCAGAGGACAUUUCCCCCAGCUCGGCCGAGACGGUCCGCUCUCCCACGUCCCCGUUUUAAACCCAACGGGAACCACCGGAAAAUGAUCUAGAUGUAAAGGUAAACUGACUUGUGAACAGCGAAUGAUAAAAGAGUUUUCGACAACAAACCGUCGAGCAGGUGCGACUAACUAGGACCGGGUGGGCCGGUUUCGCGAGGGCUGUAAACAUAAUCUCACUCUCUUAGCAGUUCUUUCAUCCUAAAUGAGAAGCCCUGGUCAUUGUUUUAGAGGUUUUUCUUGGUCAUGACUUCAUUUGGUGCUACAGUAUAUGAGGUUUUUGUUCGUAGACCGUCCUGUCAGUAAAGCGCCUCUCUCUCGCGCGCGCCCUCUAGUGUUCGUUAUAAAGUAACGCAGCCAAACCUCCCACUCUAUUUCAAGUAAUCAAACACACGCUGUUUGUUUAAUACCCGCGAUGUCUUAGCAUUUUUUUCGGCGACACAACCUUUUACGCGUGUUUUUACCUUUUGUACGAACUUUAUAUAUUUUAAAUAUUUUCGGUCUGUACAUUUAUUUCAAACUGAUGACUUAUAUUUACAUAUUUCAGCAUUUUUCUGUGAGAAACAUGUUUUUUUCCGUAGGUUGGUUAGACUGUAGAAUGUUCUUUCUGAAGCUCUUUUUGACGUAAGCGGCUGUAGAAAAGCUCGUUUUGAACUUCACGCAAUCCACGUGAUGGGUGCUGAUUUAACAUGUAUGCUGCUGCUGCUGCUGUAAGAUUUUCUCUGUAAGUCGAGUUCUGUCAGAACACGAAGAUAAGUAUUCCUCCUCACAACGUUCAUUUCGCAUUAACGAGAGAACCGAAUGUACGACUGACGUUUUAUUUGAACAAAGAAGCAGUAAAUAUCCAAUACUGAUUUUAAAGAGUAGCCUACAUUUGGAAUAAAAUUGCAUAUUUGUGUUUUUUAGUGGAAUGUAAUAUUUAGUCAGAUUUGUUUUCUCAUUCAAAAUGUAACGUCUAAGCAAAAAGUCAAUUUUAAUUGAAUGUAUGAUGUUUUUGUCACGCGAUGGCCAAAUAGGACACAAAAGAAUGAUGCCCAUUUCCACCAUAGAUAAAAAAAAGUAAUAAUAAUAAUAAAGGUAAUUGUGACUUUUCACAAUUCUGACAUUUCUUUCUUAAAAUUAAUAAUAAUGAAAACUGCAAGAUAUAAAAUGCAGAAUUGAGAGAAAAAAGUUUUUUUGUUUUUUUUUGGAAUUGGAAUUGUACAUUUUUUUUUCUCUCAGAAUUGCAUGUUUAUUUCACAAAUCUCUGUAUAUCUUGCAGUUCUGAUGAAAACAAAAAAUGUAAUUGAAAAAUGAAAAAAGGGGGGAAAUGGGCUUAAUGAUUUUUGGGCUCAAAAAACAAAAAAAAAACCAUUCUAGAUAAAUGUUCGCUUUUUACCGAAAGAUUGUAAGAGAUUGCCGUUCGUUAUGCUUUUUUAAAAGCGGUUUAUUCAUAAUUGCUCGAAUCCAGAGAAAUUGCAACGAAGGGACCCACUUUAUAUUAAGCGUCUGUAAAACCAGCCUGUGCAUCAUAACAAGCCAAGCAUGAUUUGCUUAUAUUCGCCUGCAGCUACAUCUGUAUUUUAUUAUUUGCUUUAUUAUUACAGCGUUGUCCCUAAUCCGUUUCCCAUCUCAUUGUACAUUGUACCAAACAAUUAUUUUUGUGCCAGAAGCACCUAACAUCACAGAUGGAUAAAGUUAAAGACGCCUAAUGUGAAGCGGGACCCAACAUAGCAUUAUAAACACAAAAAGUUCAAUUCGUGUUACUUGGCCGUCUCGAUUUUCUUAACUAUUUAUACAGUAAUCGAUUUGUUCCUUUACGUGGUGUUUUGUGGAGUUUGCGCACUUACUGUAAAGGAGUGCGUUUGUCUUGCAUGUGAGUGCUAAUCAUUUUAAUAUUCAUUUACUGUCCCAUCAAGACCCCCGUCUACAAGCGACUAGUUUCAGUGAAGACCGGUCUCGGUCGCGUUUUUCGUGCUUCUCAAUAUUUAACAUCGUUCUACAGCUUUUUGAAGCCUCCAGCAUGCAGAGGCUUCAGGGGACACUACGAAGGGGUGAAAAGCACAAAGGCGAAAAAGAAUAGUUCUUUAAAGCGUAGCAUGUUUUUGCUUUUUAAUUAAAAAUGUAUCUGCCGUGUUUGCUCGUCAAAAUUAGACUAGAACCCAAUCCGCGAUCUGCCCGUUUUAAAAUGGGACGCAGAUCGAGUCGUUAUAUAGGAAAAGUCAUAUAGGAAAUAUUCUAGCUCAUAUGCAAAAGUCGGUGCACAAGCGUUGAUUCCCACGUUGUACAUUUGUAUAGAUGUAUAUCCACUUGUCUAUUGUCUUUCCAUCAAAUGUCGUUCAGGCUUGACUUUCUUCCUGGAGGAAGAGCCUUUGCUUCCGAGUAGCAUUGAACAGUGGUGCAUUCAGCAACAAGCCAAACCUGUGAAUAAAUGACUCCUCAAGCAGAAA